AUGGCGACGGCAGUAGAGAAAACGAAACCUUCUCAAUCUCCGCCUCCUCCUCCAACGUCGUUUUCAUCGUUACCUCACGAUGUAGUCCUCAACUGUUUGGCUCGCGUCUCAAGAAGCUAUAGUCCAAUCUUAUCUCUCGUCUCCAAGAGUUUCCGAACACUCAUGAGUUCACCUGAGCUCCAUGCAACACGAGCCCUAAUCGGGAAAACAGAGUACGUCUGCUUAGACCUUGACAAUAAUAACAGUAAACCUCACUGGUUCACACUUUCACAGAUCCCCAAACAACAGAAACUCAUACCAAUCUCUCUGACUCACCACAAAGUUCAUAAUUCAUCAUCGGAGGCAGCAGGAAUUAAUAGUAAGGACUGUGGAGAGGUUUACAAUCCAAAGAUCCAAAUGUGGGAGCCGUUAUCGCCGACUGUGGAUCUAGAUGGAUUGAAAAAGUGUGUCCCCUUGAAUAUUUGCACAGUAGAGGGAGAUAAUAAUUGCACAGUAGAGGGAGAUAAUAACGUGAGGUAUGAAAUAUCGGUUGAGAAAGGAAAACUAGUUUGGCGCAAUAUUGUAGAGGGUUGGAGUUUGGUCAGGGGACUUGAAAGGUUGUCUUCAAAAUCAUAUUUUCCUGAUAAUCUUGUUUCGGUGGCGAGUUUGGGCAGAGGAGGAAGAGUGGCGGUUUGGUGGAAGACGGUGGAGGUUGGUCGUCAAGGUCGGCCUUAUACUCUCCAAUUCAAAACUAAUAUUUGGUGUGUAGAGAUUUCGUUUGAGAUGCGACCAUGCUUGCAUCCUUCGGGAUUACAGUUUGAUGAUGAGCUUUGGGGAUUUGUGGAAUGUGAUGGCAUUCUUGAUAUCUCGGUCUAUGAGCUUGAACACCUGCUGCGGGGAGAGAUGCACACUGUUAUAAAGGACGUUGUUACGAUGUCUCCAAAUGUGAUAAAUGGUCCCGUGACAGAGCAGCUUCCUGAGUGUUGA